GAGAAAACCCCAAAAAGAUUUGGUACCUUUUUAUGUAUUUUGUUUGUUUUCUGGAUUGUCAAUCAGCAAUUGAAGAAGGUUGAAGAGGAGAGAGUAGACAAGAAAAUGAAGAGCAUUCCUAUAUGGCAAGUGCUUUCUAUCUCUACUCUUCUGUCAUGGAUUGUCUUCUCUUGCUACUUCAAAGUCACCCAGAAGCUUAGAUCUUUAACCCAAUCAUGGGUUACUCAACGUGUCAUGGCAGAGACUUCUUUCAUCCUUCAAAUCCAGAGCUUCCAGCAUCGUUUCUUGGAUGCCUUCUUCUCUGCUCUCUCUUGUAUGGUCUCUGUGCCCUUCUACACUGCCUUCCUUCCUCUGCUCUUAUGGAGUGGGCACUGUAGAUUGGCCAGGCAGAUGACCUUGUUGAUGGCUUUUUGUGAUUAUAUAGGGAACUCCAUUAAGGAUGCAGUGUCAGCUCCUAGACCAAGUUCUCCUCCUGUUAGGAGAGUGACUGCUACCAAAGAUGAAGAAGAAAAUGCAUUGGAAUAUGGAUUGCCCUCUUCUCACACUCUGAACACUGUUUGCCUGGCUGGAUACUUGUUGCACUAUGUUCUGUACUCUGCCAAUAUUAGUGAUGCUAUUCAAGUAUUUACUGGAGUUACCAUGGCUUGUUUGCUUGUAGGACUCAUUGGCCUGGGUAGGAUUUACCUUGGCAUGCAUAGCCUGGUCGAUGUCUUAGCCGGGCUUGUCAUUGGACUCGUGAUCCUUGCCUUGUGGCUCACAGUUCAUCGAUAUGUAGACAACUUUAUAGUCUCUGGACAGAACGUUGCUUCCUUCUGGGCCAUCCUUAGUUUCUUAUUGCUCUUUGCAUAUCCAACACCAGAGCUUCCCACCCCAAGUUUUGAGUAUCACACAGCCUUCAAUGGUGUCGUUUUGGGAUUUGUUACAGGAAUCCAGAAAACUUACCUUCAGUUUCAUCAUGAAGGCAUCCCACACAUCUUUACCCCACAAUUUAGUUUCCAAGUUUUUGUACUGAGGGUGCUUGUAGGCAUUCCUACUAUACUUGUUGUGAAGUUCUGCUGCAAGGCACUGGCUAAACGGAUACUUCCCGUGGUGGCAAACACUUUAGGCAUCCCACUAAGAUCUUCUUUCUACAUUCCCCAACUACAUAGUUCUGUAAUUGGUAAAGAAUCUGAUGGAAGCAAGAAGAUGUUCCUCUUUUUCCCUCAGGAUUCAUUUGAUGUUGACACAGGCAUAAGGCUUCUCCAGUAUGCAGGUCUUGCAUGGUCAGUAGUUGAUCCCAUUCCAUCUGUAUUUGCUCACCUAGGGUUGUAACAGUAGGACAAAUGCCUGAGUCUCCUUGGCUUCCUCAUAGUGGUAAUAUGGAUAAAUAAUUGUAUUUAUUUUGUGUAUCAUAUAAAAUCCUUGUUAAG